AUCACUUGUCUACACGAUCGUCGUGCAAGACCGCUGAAGCAUCGCCCCUUGCUAAUCGCCUUUUUCGCUGCAGGCUAGCGCUGCUUUCUCUCCUUGCUUCCCCAACAAUUUGAUACCCCACGAACCCCCCAUCUUGGUCACCGCCUCGACCACCGACGUUCCGCCCCCCCCUACUUGGAGAGUCAGUCACUGCUAUUCGAAUCCGAACAUCCCGUUAUUCUUGACAUCUGUAAAAAAUCUGUCCCACCACCUCUACCAACGGCGACUACGAUACUCACGAACGACAAGUUCGCCUUCACGGCUGCAGCUCUUGCUCGCUGAGCUGUAGCAUUAGCAUUGACGUCACAGCGAGGAUCCCACUUCCACUUACACAACAAUACCUGGCCGCCAUCAUGGCUGUCGUUCUCUCCUCGGAUGAGAAUUCCUAUUUCUCAACAUCAUCCUUACGCCGAUCACACUCACAACCCAAAUUUAACACAAAUCAGACGUCGUCAUUUCCCUCGCACUCCGCCGCCGACAGCCGCAUGACCGACAGCAGCUACUCGCAUCCCAAGAUUUACCCAGACUCGGCGCCAUCAUCAGCGCCUUCGUCGCCGCAAUUUGCGUCGACGGAAUCGACCGACUUGUCCUAUGCGUCGACCCCUGCGAGUAACCUGUCAUUAGCGUCUGACUGCGACGAUGCGUGCCCGAUGUCAGUACACCCCGACGACCAUUUUGUCCUACCGCAUUACUCGGCCGCAAACCUCUACGACCCGGAGGACCUUGAACCUCCCAUGAGUCCAAGGACUGGCGACUCGUACACCGUAUCGCCUGCUGAAAACGAGAACGACAACUCUGGCAACACCUCAAGGCCAGGGUCUCCAGAAUUCGUACUCGAAGUUGACCGUGCCGAAGACGACACAGCUGUCAGGGUGCAACCGACGAGACAUGUCGAUUAUCUUUCGCACAACUGGAGGGAGGAAGAUAUCUGGUCGUCGUGGAAGUACGUCGUGUCUCGGCGUUCCGAGUACAGCAACAGCGCCCGCCUAGAGAACGCGUCCUGGAGAACUUGGAUGAAGGCCAAGAACAAUUUGCGAACCGUAUCGCCCGAAGCCCUCAACUGGCUCAAAGACUGCGAUGUGACGUGGUUAUACGGUCCGCUGCAGACUGGCCACAACAACUUUGCACCCAUCACCUCGAGUCAGAAUAGCGGCAUCCUGACGAAGAACAACUCGUUCAUCCACAAGAAGCCCAUUCUGAAAAAGCGUAGCAUGUCCGAGGUCAUGCUGCAGAGGUCUCUCUCCGCCUCGUCACUGGUCAAGACGGCGGCCGCGGCAGUUCAGGCCCAGGAGAGUUCGAGCGGCGGCAGACGGCUUUCUCGGCCUACGCUUGAGCGCGCCUCGACCACCGACUAUGUCGCGUUUCCCUUCUCGUCCCGUCGACUCAGCAGAGAUACAGCUAGCAGUCUUGCUGCAUCUGUCUCCUCAUCCGGCAUUGCAUCGCCGAGUGUCGAGAGGAAACACAUUCACUUCAACGAGCAAGUCGAACAAUGCAUUGCUGUAGAGAUCAAGGGUGAGGAGGACGAAGACGAAGCCAUGUACAGCGAUCGCUACGACCACAGUGACUCGGAUGAAGACGCCAUCAUGAUGAAGCGGAGCAAGACGAAAAAGCGCGUCCCCAUCGCGAGGCGGCAGUCCAAGAAGAAGAAGACGGCGACCCAGCCCGAGGGCAAGACGAUCGCCAUGCUUCCGUCGACUACAUUGAAGUACCGCGAGGACACGCCUGAGCCCGUCGAGACAGCCAUGAAGCACAGUACCGGCAUUUACCGUGUCCCAUCUCACAGUCUUCCUCUCAGGAGACUCUGCGACCUGCGAAAUCCUCGGGACGAUUCUUCAUCGAGACGAUGACGAUGACGACGCUGCCAUGGAGGAUUGCUCAGUCCCCGGGGCGGUUGGCAAUCU